AUGGUUGCGUUCAAAACGGUACUGGCGCUGCUCUUCAUCAGUGCUGUUAGCGCUAUUCCGACUAGUGCUCAAUGGCACAAAUACGAUGCCAAUGGCCAGCUCAAGGACUUGGCCUUUGACAGGAGAGCCCCUGCCAUCUGUCAGCCUGAUGACAAGGACAUUAUGGCCUUGAAGAGCCAUAAAGCAGACGGAUCUGCAUUCUGCUCAGCCUACCUCCAAAGCACUGUAACAGCUACCCCUUCAGCCAUUAGUGACAUGAUCAAGAUGGUAACCAAGACGGUGAUAUUACUUCAAAUCCAGAAGGUUCGCAUUAAUGUGUAUCAUAUUGUUAGAACAAAAGUGAUGAAAACUGUGUCGACCGUAGUCACAGACACAAAGACAGCUACUGUGACUGACUUUGCGACCAAGACGAUUACAAACAGCAUGACGGAUGUUUCAAUUGAUACAGAUACCACUCAAGUGACAAAGACCACAACAGGGCACCUGACAGAUGUAGUGACUGAGCAAGUCACCACGACCAUCACGACUACAAUCGACUUGACCUCUACCAUGGAUGUUACAGAAGUUGACACUCAAGAUGUCACCGUGAGUGUACCAACCACACUCACUGUCACGGUCACAGGCGUAGCUCCCACGACGUCAGUCAGCACAGAAUACCACUGCGCUAUCCCAGGCUACGGACAUAGUACAUACAUGACUACCAUGGGUGGCCCAGGUGCUUAUAGCAGCUGGGACUCAUGCAAGUCGUUUUGCUCAGUUCAGACGGGCGCUCUGAGCUUCGGGUAUGGUCCCAAUACAUGCUUUUGCUACAGCAACACAGCGGUUGUCAACACCAUUCCGAUGGGAGGUACUGGGUACCUGUUCUACGAUAAUGCAUGCCCGUCCCAAAGCAAGCCCAUAAAGCGAGCCAUGACUAUCAAACAGGUUCCGUUUUACUUGCCGCUCAAGGAUCCUCAAGUCGUUAGCAGUGCCUGUUCAUGUCACAUCACCAACAAGCCCGCUGCUGCAAUGAUACAGACUCUCACCGCCAAGGAACCCAAGACUGUCCCUCAUAUGGUAACCAAAUAUACAACAAGCUACAUCACAAAGAAGCAAGUCACUACAGUCUACUAUCAAGUAACCAGAACGGCAACAGACUUCGAGACUUUGGCGAUGACAAACCGCAACACCAAAUCGAUAACACAGCGCAAGAGUGCCACGAUGACCAAGCCAGUUAAAGUCACCGUGACGAACUACAAAACCGUCAUUGUCACCAACUACAACACAGUCGGCGUGACCAAUCGCAACACUGUUCUCACAACAAAUUACAAUACGGCGUCUGCAACUGCUUAUAACAGUGUUGUUGUUACCAAUACGGGUUAUGCUACUGUCACCGAGUAUGAUACAGUUGUGGCGACUGAUAUCGCUACAGAAACUGUGAUACCAGAUCCAGUAACUGUGGAUUCCUAUGUUUGGGGAUCUUAG